UUCCCUUGAAAACGAGUCCAGGUUUCUCUUAUUGAAGGGGAAGUUCUUGUAAUCAGUAACCAUCAGUCAUGGGCAUGUGAGGAGUGCUCUGAACUUUUAGCCUCAUUUUAACAUCCAUUUCACAUGUUUAUUUCGCCACUGGAACGGUAGAUGGAUUCGUCUUUAGAGAGCUCCACUUCAUCGAACGGUAACCCGGUGCGCUGCCGGUGUCGUACCUGUAAGGUCAUUGUGAUUGGUGAUGCCGGUGUCGGUAAGACUUGUCUGACGCACCGCUUCUGCACCGGACAGUUUCCCAGCAGAACGGAGGCUACAAUCGGGGUGGAUUUCCGUGAGAAACUUCUUGAUUUAGAAGGCGAGAAAAUUAAAGUACAGCUGUGGGACACGGCUGGUCAGGAGCGUUUUCGUAAAAGCAUGGUGCAGCACUACUAUCGCAAUGUGCACGGAAUUGUCUUUGUUUUCGAUGUCACUAACCCCACUAGUUUUUGCAAUCUUCCCAUGUGGAUGGAUGAAUGUCGUCAGCACUCUCUUGGUCUGGAUAUACCCUGUGCUCUCGUUUGCAACAAGACUGAUCUGGUCACUUCGCCGACUGCUUCUGUAUUAAUCGAUCAGGCUCGACAUUUGGCUGAAGUCCACGGAAUGUCUUUUUAUACAACUUCAGCCAAAGCUCGCAAAGGGGACCUGGUGGACAGCAUCUUUGUGACAUUGGCACAGAGGUUGAAGAGCCAGAGAAGGGAGAGUGUGAAUGAAUUGGUGUUACAGUGCAGAUCUGAGAGCUUUAAUAUCCCAGCAAAAAUCAUAACAGCACAGGAGAGCAAGAAGAAAUGGACCUGCAUCUGCUGACAGAUGAAUGAACAUAAGAGUUAUGUGCUUAUUUCAGUAUGUCCUCUAAAUAGGAACAAAAAUAGCAGUAUGAACUUUGAGAAUAACAGAUCAAUGGUCUUGUGUCAGUGUGUGAUGGUAUGAAGGCUGGUUUAAAUGCCAAUUGCUAUUUGGAUUUUUAUAGUCAUCUGACUCUCUUGGUUUGGUGGACAAGGUCAAGGCAAUGCCUCAUAAUGAAACAAACUGCAAGAAGGUGAGAUUUGUUUUAAUUUCCAGUUUCUUUGGAGGCUUGCUGUUGCUGUCUUUAAACAUUAAGCAGACAACAGCCAGAGUAACUUCUUGUCAAGAAUAAUGUUGGACAUUAAUUGAGGUUGAUAGUUAUCAGUUUGCUCCAAAAUAACUUGCGUAGAUAGAUAUCCAAAUUUUCAACCACUUUCAACCCCUUUACUUUAUCCUGGAGUUAUGAGACUAACGUGAACCUUUUUUCCUGACAGCUGAAUCUUCACUUGUACAUGCUGCUCUUUAUGCUGGGUCAAAGCUAUAGUGACUAUCCACAUCCAUGUAAUCCAAAUUAAAUAUACUGUAUAUACAGGUAGCAAAGUGUUUGUAUGAUUCAAUAGACAAAAUAAAAAGAUCUUCUUGUUC